AUGCCUGCUUUCGAAGACUCCGAUCUUAACGUUGAGGCUCAGCCUGCCCAGCAGCAAAGAACAAACAGUCAGGCAGUCGGUUCCAGCUAUGGCGGCAGCUUGCCAGUUCCCGGUAUGGAGCCUGGCACCGACAGAUCAGUCGAGGUUCCUGCCACCCGUAGCAGCAUUGCAGACCCUUCUCCUUUCAUGCACCAGCUCUCCCUCUCUCCUUCAAUGAAGGACCGCAGAGGAUCUCGCAACUCCUUCGGUGCAUCUCUCCCUAUUCCUCGCUCGAAGAGACAGUCCCGUCUCUCAUCGGUCCACUACCCUGAUGCCAAGUCUGGUCGUCCUGGCAUGCCCCCAAUCCAGCCUACUCGCGAGAUUCUGGCAUCCCAAAUUCAGGACCUCUCCAGCGAGAAGGUCAAGGCUGCCAAGAACAUGGCUUUCGCUUUCGACAUUGACGGUGUCCUCGUUCACGGUGACCGCCUGAUCCCUGAGGGCAAGCGUGCUCUUGAAAUCCUUAACGGUGACAACGAGCUCGGCAUCAAGAUUCCUCACAUCUUCCUUACCAACGGUUCCGGUAAGCGUGAGAUCCCUCGUUGCGAGCAGCUUUCCAAGAUUCUCGGCAACCCCGUUGCUGUCGACCAGUUCAUCCAGUCUCACACUCCCAUGAGAGCUCUUUCCGAGUACUACAACACUGUCCUCGUUGUCGGUGGUGAGGGCUACAAGUGCCGUGAGGUCGCUGAGGAGUAUGGCUUCAAGGACAUCGUUGUCCCCAACGACAUCAUCGCCUGGGACCCUACCAUUGCUCCUUUCCGUGUCUUCACCGAUGAGGAGCGUGCUACCUCCCGCCCUCGCGACUUCUCCAAGAUUAACAUCGACGCCAUCAUGGUCUUCUCCGACUCUCGCGACUACGCUACCGACAUGCAGAUCAUUGUCGACCUGUUGAAGUCUGAGAACGGUCGCUUCGGUACCGUCGCCAAGGACCCCGUCAGCCAGCGUAUUCCCAUCUACUUCUCUCAGGGUGAUCUCUUGUGCCCUAGCGAGCACCCCUACCCUCGUAUGUCCCAGGGUGCCUUCCGUAUCGGUCUUGAGGCCAUGUACAAGGCCCUCACUGGCGUCGACCUCGAGCGUGUUGUCUACGGUAAGCCCGAGUUGGCUACCUACAAGUACGCCGACGAGGUCAUGACCAGCUGGAUGGAGCAGAUCCACGGCGAGGAGAAGCUCCCCGAGAACAUCUACAUGGUUGGUGACAACCCCGCCUCCGAUAUCAUUGGUGGUAACAUGUACGGCUGGAACACUUGCCUUGUCCGCACUGGUGUCUUCCAGGGUGGUGACAACGACGAGAACAACCCUGCCAGCUUCGGUGUCUUCGUCAACGUCCUCGAGGCUGUCAAGACUGCCAUGCGCAAGGAGCUUGGCCAGGACUUCAAGUUCGAGUGGAGCUCUGACAACGUCAACCCCGUCCUCUCCGGCAGCCAGGACCACUCCGCCAUCGAGUAA